UCUCAUCUCGCGAGAGUUGGGAAUCACUGGACAGCCGGCCUGCUAUAACUGAGGAUCUUGACAUUUAAACAGCGAUACGGGAGUGUGGGCUGUGUUAUGAAAAAUAGGACUGUCCCGGGAAGAGCGGGACUGCUGGGUAGUUUCCACUUAUGCAACGCCUCUUUUCUAACCCCAGCCAAAAUGUGGUGUCCACAUUGUCCCGUAGGGGAGUUGCUGGAAGUAGAGAAAGAGCCAGACGUGCUGAGCGUCAACAACGAAAACAGAAUUUGUUGGAUGAGGUUGCUGAACAGGUACCCCAUGUCAAAGGCCAAAACUGGAAAGAGAAGAUAGUGCUAGAAUAUGAAGCAGUGACGGAGCCAGGAAAAAAGAAAGAUAUCUCAGUUCCUUUACCACAUUCAUACAGUCCUCGUUAUGUUGAAGCUGCUUGGUAUCCGUGGUGGGUAAGACAGGGUUUUUUCAAGCCAGAGUACCAGAGUCAGCAGCCUCACAAUGGAUCAGAGACCUACUCACUUUGCAUACCUCCACCAAAUGUCACAGGCUCCCUUCACAUUGGACAUGCACUUACUGUAGCCAUUGAGGAUUCACUUGUUCGAUGGAAAAGGAUGCUGGGCCACAAGGUGCUUUGGGUCCCUGGGUCAGAUCAUGCUGGAAUUGCCACCCAGGCUGUGGUUGAAAAGAAACUGUUGAAGGAAAAGGGUCUCCUACGCCAUGAUUUUAGUAGAGAGGAAUUUUUAAAAGAAGUUUGGAAGUGGAAAGAAGAGAAAGGUGACAUAAUUUACCAUCAGCUAAGAUCCCUAGGUGCCUCUCUUGACUGGGAUAGAUGCUGCUUUACAAUGGACAAGAUGUUCUCUCGUGCUGUAUCUGAAGCAUUUGUCCGCCUGCAUAAUGAUGGUUUAGUGUAUCGGCACCUGCGUCUGGUGAAUUGGUCCUGUGCCCUGCGCUCUGCAAUAUCUGACAUAGAGGUAGACAGUCGGCAGUUGACUGGAAAGACAUAUAUUUCUGUCCCAGGUUAUGAAAGGAAAAUCCCCUUUGGACUUCUAUUCAGCUUUGCCUAUGUUACUGAAGGAGGAGAUGAUGAGAUCAUUGUAUCUACAACUCGACCAGAAACGAUGUUGGGGGAUACUGCAGUGGCUGUUCAUCCUAAUGACCCAAGAUAUUUGAGAUUCCAUGGAACAAGACUUCACCAUCCUUUCACAGGGCAGCUGAUACCUGUUGUAACUCAUGAUUUUGUGAACCCAGACUUUGGAACUGGAGCAGUGAAGGUUACUCCUGCCCACAGCCUGGCAGAUUUUGAGAUGGCACAAAGCCUGGAUUUGCCAGUGGUAUCAGUGAUUGGAGAGGAUGGCUUAAUGACAGAGAACAGUGGAGAAUGGAUUCAGGGUGUGAAAAGAUUUGAUGCCAGGGAGCAGAUACUAAGUGCUCUGAAAGAAAAGGGUCUUUACAGAGGUGACUAUGAGCAUGCCAUGGUGCUUCCAGUAUGCAGCCGCUCUGGUGAUGUAAUUGAGCAGCUGUUAAAGAGGCAGUGGUUUGUGAGUUGCAAGAAGAUGGCACAAAAGGCUCUAGAGGCUGUAAACGUAGGACAGCUGAAGAUUAUCCCUUCUUUUCACCAGAAGAACUGGAACCACUGGCUCUCAAACAUCAGUGAUUGGUGUGUAUCACGACAACUUUGGUGGGGACAUCAGAUUCCAGCUUACCAUGUGGCAGUGUCAGAGGCACAGUCAGACAAGGAUAUACGUGAUGAGCAAGAAGAAAUUUGGGUAGUGGCUCAUAAUGAAUCUGAAGCCAAAAAAAAAGCUUCCAAAAAACUAAGAAGGCCAGAAAAGGAUCUUUCCGUGAAGAGGGAUGAAGAUGUUCUGGAUACAUGGUUUUCAUCUGCCCUUUUCCCAUUUGCUAUGCUGGGCUGGCCAGAAAAUACAAGUGACCUGAAGGAUUUUUACCCAAACUCUCUCUUGGAGACUGGUAGUGAUUUACUUUUCUUCUGGGUGGCUCGAAUGGUAAUGUUGGGAGAGCAUCUAACUGGGAAGUUACCAUUCAAAGAGGUAUUUCUGCAUUCUAUGGUUCGAGAUGCUCAUGGAAGGAAAAUGAGCAAAUCUUUAGGAAAUGUGAUUGAUCCAUUAGAUGUGAUAACUGGAAUAUCACUAGAGGAAUUGCAGAAUAGGUUGCAAGAUGGCAAUUUAGAUCCUCGAGAGCUGAAAGUUGCAGAGGCUGGGUUGUUAAAGGCUUUUCCUCGUGGGAUUCCUGAGUGUGGCACAGAUGCUUUGCGAUUUGCCCUUUGUUCCUACAAGGUACAAGGGGAUGAUAUAAAUCUAGAUGUGCCAUCUGUUCUUGCUGUCCGCCAUUUUUGUAAUAAAAUCUGGAAUGGGAUUAAAUUUACCCUCUCUUCUCUUGGGGAAAGCUUCUCACCUAUUCCUGUGGAAGAGUUCAAACCUCAGGGCCCCAUGGAUCGCUGGUUACUAGAUCACUUGCGUCUUUUGACAGAAGAAUGUGAGAGAAGGUUUCAGGCUUAUGAACUUCAUGGAGCAACAGGAGCCAUCCAGACAUUUUGGGUGCAGAGCUACUGUGACUUCUAUGUGGAAGCAGUAAAGCCUAUCUUAAAAGGGCCACAUGGCAGUGAUGCACAACAGACUUUGUACUGGGGAGCAGAGAUUGUCCUUCGUCUUCUCGCCCCCUUUACUCCUUUUUUAUGUGAAGAGCUGUGGCAGCGGUUUCCUUCAGCCUCUGUGAAUUGUGCACCAAGCAUCUGUGUUGCCCAGUAUCCCACACCUAGCCAGAUGGCUCAUUGGAGGUACCCAGAAGAAGUGCAACAGUUUGAUUUUGUGCAGUCAGUCAUUAGAACUGUGCGCAGUCUGCGAAGCGACUAUCACAUGACUAAGGCACGACCAGAGGUUCAUAUUUUCUGCUCCAUGGAAGAACAUCUCAAUGCUCUUCAGUCAUUUCACUCACAUUUGCCGACUCUGUCUCACUCUGGACCCAUCCAAGUCCAUAUGUUGCAAGAUGCUUCUCAGUUCAGGGAGGACCCUGUUGGCUGGGCUACAGAAAAAGUGUCUGAGGGCUGUUACCUUCGUGUUAAACUCCAGGGUUUACUAGACCCCCACACAGAGCUUGCAAAACUGCACAAAAAGCAUCAGAAUCUUCAGCUUCAGUUUAUAAACAUGUCAAAAUAUGAGAAUGGCGAUAAUGAGGAUAAAUCAAUUCAGCAGAAAAUCUCCAAGGUUCAAUGUACAAUGGAAACAUUACAGAGAAUGCUAUAACAAAAUUACUUUUCUAUAAUCCUGCAUUGUUUUUUCUUUUAUAUUUCGAAAAUGUCUAUACAAACCAGUACCACACGGAAUUAUUGUUAUUUCUAACAGUAUUUUUUCUAUGAAAAAAUCCUUAAUAAAUAAUUAAAAAAGGAUGAAUACAUGAC